AUGCCGCCCUACCCACGACAGGCCCUAGUUUCCAGCCUGGCCCUGGCCCUCCGCGGCCCCUGCCUCACCCGGUCCUGCUCCCAAUCCUUCCAUUCAUUCCAUCACCCGCCGUCCGAUGGCCCCUUUGGCGCCGUAGAGGACGCCAUUCUCGCCGCCGCCUAUCGGCACGUGCCCGAACACGGCUUCUCACGCCGCGCACUCGGUCUGGGCGCCCGCGACGCCGGCUUCCUCGACAUCAGCCCCAGCAUCCUCCCCGAAGGAUCCUUUAGCCUUAUCCGAUACCACCUCGUCACCCGCCGCCGAGAUCUGAGCCGCCAGGACCCUGCUGCUGGUGCCGCCAGUCAGGACCCUGCUGCUUCGGGCGUGGCAGAAAAGGUCACACAGCUGACCUGGGCUCGCCUCAGGGCCAAUGAGGCUGUCAUUCACCAGUGGCAACAAGCACUCGCCAUCAUGGCCCAGCCCAGCUACCUGCCAGCUUCGCUCAAGGAAUUAGCCCUGCUGUCCGACGAGAUUUGGUUCCUCGCUGGUGACCGGGCCGUUGAUCCCUCGUGGUACAGCAAACGCGCCUCUUUGUCCAUGAUUUAUAGCUCCGCCGAGCUGUUGAUGACCAACGACAGGUCUCCCGGCUACGCCGAGACGAGAGAUUUCCUACACAGGAGGCUGGCCGAGACCAGGACAGCUGGCAGCUACGUCGAAUCCCUAGGCCAAUGGGCCGGAUUUACCGUCAACGCAAGCUUGAAUCUAUUGCGCAGCAAGGGAGUCCCCAUAUAA